UUUAGAUGAUGAUAUAUCCCAAUAGCAUUCCAAACAGAGAGUGCCAAAUAGAUUAAAUCCGUACAAUUCCUUUCAGAAAGUGCCAAUUUAAGUGGAGUCAUGAAACAUGUAUAUGGGCAUUGGAGAAAAAUUAUUCAUCUUUUCUCUCUCUCAACAACCAAUUAAACAUGCACGCACCACCAUAUCCACAAUCAAUUUGUAUGCUUGUUCUUAAAUUAUCAAAUGUGUAAUUGAUUACUGGCUAGAAAUCUCUUAGAGGGAAAAAUUUAUUCAGAAAAAUUUUGCUGCUUUCCUUGUGGAUAUACUCUGAAUGUGGGAUGCGUUAACUCAUGUUUGCUUCCAUGGCGGCUAUUAUAGAUCUGUACUCUUAACCCUUUCUUGAUUUAGUUAAUUCCUUCUAACAAGAAGAACAGUCUUUCUUGUUUAAUUAGCAGUGCGUUUCUUUCUUUAAAAAAAAAAAAAAAAAAAAAAAAAGAACAGUGUGAUUCCCAGUUGUGAGUUCAAAGUCUCAAACCCUCAAACCCAAAACCAGAGACAUAGAAGACCAACCCAUCAUCACCAUCCACAACGAGAAACCAACAGUACCCACCCUAGCUUCUGAAGAAAGCCCUUGGUCAUCUGGGUUGCUAGCUUCUGUGAAAACAGGAGAAGUAGAGUGGUGGUAGGAAGGGGAAUGAACUGUGAGGGGGGAGUAGUACUGGGUUCAUGAUGAGUAAUAAUGAUGAUGAGAGAAGGAGGUUUAGGUGGCCAACGAUGUCAAGACUGUGGAAACCAAGCCAAGAAAGACUGUAUUUACAUGAGGUGCAGGACUUGUUGUAAAAGCAAAGGGUUUCCGUGCGAAACACACGUCAAAAGCACCUGGAUUCCUGCUUACAAAAGGCGCCAGAGGCCUCAAAAUCUUGCUUCUUCUUCUGUUGCUGCUGCUGUUCUUUCUAUGCAACAACAGCACCCUCCAGAACACAACCCUAAAAGGCUUAGAAGAAAUCUCUUAACAGGUUUAGAAGUGGGGAAUUUUCCUGCUCAAGUGAAAACCAUGGCUACAUUUCGUUGUUUUCGUGUGAGUUCCAUUGAUGAAGCAGAAGAUCAGUUUGCAUAUAAGACGAGUGUGAGCAUAGGAGGGCAUAUUUUCAAGGGCAUUCUUUAUGACCAAGGCCCCGAUCUAGAGAGCUCCUCCAGCUACCUGCAAGACCCUAAUCUCACAAUUGCCGGUGCCCUAACCGCUGCUACCGCUUUAGCUUCAACCUCUUCAUCAGUUGCUGCAGAUUCACUUGCUACUUCAUACCCGUUUCCCCUUAAUGCUUUCAUGUCCGGUACGCAACUUUUCCUCCACCCAAAAUCUUAGGGCUUGUUUGGUUUCAUCACCAGAGCAGGACAAAAAAAAAGGCCUUUUUUUUUUAAAUUGUCAAUUUGAUUCGAUUUUGCAAGGAAACUCCCAUCUCCCCUUCAUCACUAUUGCUAUAUAUAUCUACGUUAUUAUUAUUAAUAGUCUUUGAACUGGAAAUGAAUAAGGGAGAUCAUGAUUUAUGAUCAUCAUGUUCAUUAAUUGUUGAAAUUUCAAUUAUGAUACAUAUAUUUUGAUGCUCAA